GCUAAACAAAGACAUUCAAACAAAUAUAUGUGCUAGUGAUAAUGUGACUACUGUCUAUAUCAAAAUCCGAAAAAGGAAAUAAAGGAGAAAGGGUGUUGAUUUGAUUUCUUUAGAAGAAGGGUUCUUUUCUUGUUCUCAUCUUGUCUGCAGAAAAAGAACAGGGAUGGAAGGUGUGAAGGGAGCAGAAGCAGGAACAUCAUCUGGGUCUACCUCAUGUUCACUUCUUGAUGAUGUUAAUGGAGAUUUGAAGAACAAACAAACAGGAGAAUUUGCAGAAAACCCCUUAAAUGUUAGGGUUUUUGAACAUGAACAUGAACAUGAUGAUGAUGAUGAAGAAGAACAUGAACAUCAUCAAGUGGGUGUCUCCAAAUUUGUUCCUGGCCCUCUUCUUCCUCUUAAGGACCAGCUUGACAAGGACAAGGAUGAUGAAAGUUUAAGGAGGUGGAAAGAGAAGUUGCUUGGUGGAGUCGAAAGUGAAUUGUAUGGUCAAAAGGAUCCCGAAGUUAAAUUCCACUCCAUAGGAAUCGUAUCAAAAGACGUUGGGGAGAUCACUACUUCAUUACCGGUCAAAGAAAGUCAAAGUGGUCGUCCCCUUUUUACACUUAAAGAAGGAGUUCAAUAUCGGCUUAAGCUAACAUUCACUAUUCUUCACAACAUUGUUUCUGGUCUCACCUACACCAAUACAGUGUGGAAAUCAGGAAUCCAAGUGGAUCGAAUCAAAGGAAUGUUGGGUACAUUUGCACCUCAGAAAGAUGCUUACGUGGAAACCUUAGAGGAGGAGACCACGCCAUCUGGCAUACUUGCAAGAGGAAUAUACACAGCAAAGCUGAGGUUUGAAGAUGAUGAUAAGAGGUGUCAUUUGGAGCUUGAUUAUUCUUUUGAGAUCAAGAAGAAAAGCUAGUUCAUAUGCCAUAUUGAAUUAAUUGUUCAAGUUUAAAGUCAUUUAUUUAUUCUCAUUUUACUACCCUUUUAGACAUUUUUUGUUAUUGAAUUUUAAAGAUGUUUGGCGAGCUUU